AUGAAUAAAGAUCAAGACAUUUGUAGUACCUGUAACAAGAGUCGCCUAAACAGUAGUACCCAACAUUGGGUUCAAUGCGACAAUUGCCAGAAAUGGUACCACUUUCAAUGUGCUGGAGUCAAUAGCUCAAUAGCAGAGGCUGAAUGGAUUUGCAACAGCUGCCAACAAGCGCUGGACAACGUGGCAUCAACAAGCACUGGUCGUGACCCGUCAACAGGAGCGCCCAAUAUACCAAGUGCCAACAAGGCCACCGAACAACAUUGCCCCGAAUCUAACGCGGCAAAUACGUCUUAUCUCGGCAAACUAAACUUAGUCGAGCAAACUCAAUCGCCAAGCUCAAAUUAUUUGAUGUUGGCAAUGCUGGAGGAAAGGCGGGAAGCCGAAAAAAAUACAUCGAGCAAAAAUACAACUUGCUUGCACAGCAGCAAGGAACGCAGGCAAGUUUUACCUGCAGAUCUACCCAUCUUUAACGGAAAUCCAGAGGACUGGCCAAUCUUUAUUAGCAUGUACGAGAACAGCUGCCGUAUAGCGGGGUUUUCAAACGCCGAAAACAUGCUACGACUUCAGAAGAGCCUCAAAGGUAAAGCCUACGAACUAGUUCGUGAUAAGCUACUGCUGCCAAUACUGGUUCCUGAUGUUAUUAAUACGCUCAAGACAUUCUUCGGACGCCCGGAGCAAAUACUCGAUCGAUUGAUCGACAAAAUAAGAAAAAUAUACGUACACAAGGAUAAAUUAGAAUCCAUCGUUGAUUUCGCAAUGGCGAUGAGAAACGCAUGUGCAACCAUGGAAGCGUGCAAUUUAACCUCACAUUUAAAUAACCCGAUGCUUCUUCGAGAACUUAUCGACAAACUACCCACCCAGCAAAAGUUAAACUGGGCUAUGCAUCCACGUAACGAAUCCAUCCCGGUUAUAAAAUCAUUUAGCGAUUGGUUGUACAAAAUAGCUGAGGCCGCAGCCACUGUCAUGCCUGGCCAAAGCACUAAGGCCAAUAAUGUCAACACACACUCACAAGCACAUCAACAACCACAGGAAGGACCAAAUAAUCGAGAGAAUGGGUGGCAACAAAACUGUAAGCCGAAGCUACAAUGCGUGAUGUGUGCUUCCACGGAUCACCAGGUUGCUCUAUGUCAAAACUUCAAGCGACUGUCGGUUGACGAUAGGCAACGAAUAAUAAACGAAGCCAAGGUAUGCUACAGGUGCCUCAAAAGUCACCGCCGUAAAUGCUUCUCUAAUCGUGACUGCGGAAUCGACAAUUGCAACUCAAAACAUCACCCGCUUCUUCACAAAGGCACAGGCAGAACCGAAGUUGUUACUGCUCAUCAUAAAGACAAUGUAGUGGAAGGACAAUAUUUUCGUGUUGUACCCAUCAAACUGUAUGGAGCCAAUGUAACCUUUAACACGUUCGCAUUUUUAGAUGAGGGCUCAUCAGUCACUCUCAUCGAUGAAAGCAUUUUGGACAAGCUGAAGAUCUCUUCAACGCCAGAGCCAAUUUCCCUGCAAUGGACCGGUGAAGAAACCAGAAACGAAGAGGACUCCGUUAAGACCCACCUACAAAUCUCGGAAGCGGGAACUGACAAAAAGCUAUGGCUCUACAACGUCCACUCAGUAAAGAAAUUAGGAUUGCCGAAACAAACCAUCAAUGUUGAAGAACUAUCCAAGCAAUAUCCUUAUUUGCGUGGUUUGCCGCUAAAGUCGUACCAAAACGGUACACCACUAAUUUUAAUCGGCAGCAACAAUUGGAAUCUAGCAAUACCCCGCAAAAUCCGCGAGGGCAGACGAAACGAACCCAUUGCUUCAAAGUGCACAUUAGGAUGGUGCAUCCAAGGAUCAACAAACUCAAGCAAACACGUAACAAUGCAUCAUUGCGAGUGCAAUUGGAGUGAAAUAGAUAAAGCCAUAAAGGAAAGUUUCACAAUGGAACCAAUCGUAUCUAGAGAAUUGCAAUCCAAAAACGAUAAAAGGGCGAAGGGCAUUCUCGAAGAUACCUGCAAAAAGGUCAAUGGUCGAUACGAAGUCGGCCUACUCUGGAAAGACGACACAGUCAUUUUACCCGAAAGCUAUACCGCAGCGCUGAAACGCCUUCAAUGCCUACGGGCCAAAAUUAAAAAAACGCCGGAACUGUUUGAUAAAAUUCAAUCACAAAUUGACAAUCUAUUAGAAAAAGGAUAUGCAUCGGAGCUCAGACCAGAAGAAAUAUCCGAUCGAAAGGAACGCAUCUGGUAUCUCCCAAUAUUUAUUGCUUUAAAUCCGAAUAAGCCAAACAAAAUACGACUAGUAUGGGAUGCCGCCGCCAAAAGUCAUGGAAAAUCGCUGAAUGAUUUUAUGCUUACUGGGCCUGAUUAUCUAAAUCCAUUGACUUCUGUCCUAAUGGCCUUCAGAGUAGGACGGAUUGCCGUGUGCGCAGAUAUAGCCGAGAUGUUUCAUCAAAUAAACAUUCAGGAAAGCGACAUGCACGUCCAGCGGUUCUUAUGGCUCAAUAAAAACGAGAACACUCCAAGGAUCUUCGUUUUGCGCGCGAUGACAUUUGGAAUUAAUUGCGCACCUUGUAUUGCCCACUAUGUACGCGAUAAAAAUGCAGAGAAUUACCAAAUCAAAAAUCCACGAGCGUACGAAUCCAUUACAAAGGCCCACUACGUGGACGACCUCAUCGACAGUUUCAAAGAUGACCUUGAAGCCAUAACAGUUGCAUCAUCAGUUAGAGACAUACAUGCCGAUGGUGGAUUCCAAAUAAAAAAUUGGUGCUCAAACUCUGUAUCUGUUCUCCAAAAUCUAGGAGAACAGCAAAUAAAUCAACACCCCAAAGAAUUAGGGAACCCUGAAAAGGUCCUCGGUAUGUAUUGGGACCCAAAUAAUGACGUUUUUAAGUUUAUCUUCAGAUUUUCGAGAUUGAAACGAGACGUCCUAACCUAUGAGAUAGCACCAACGAAACGAGAGGUCUUACCAGUACUGAUGUCUAUAUUUGAUCCCCUCGGUCUAUUAUCGUGCUACACCGUAGGCCUUAAAAUGCUGCUUCAAAAAGUCUGGCGCACAGGAAUAGGAUGGGACGAAGAUUUACCCGAACAACUCCUCGAACAGUGGCGACAAUGGAAAGGUAUCCUACUACACGCCAGCAAUUUAGAAUUUCCGCGUCACUACUCUGCUCUGCUGUUAAACGAAAGCCAGGUAGACCUUCAUACCUUCGUAGACGCAAGCGAACAUGCCUACGCCGCAGUAAGCUAUCUUCGCAUUAAACAAGGUCAAAACAUAAGUACAGUGUUGGUAGCAGCCAAAUGUAAAGUAGCUCCACUCAAACCUGUAACUAUACCUCGAAUGGAACUUUUGGCAGCCGUCAUGGGAGUAGGCCUAACAAUGCGUAUAAUGAGCACCCGAGGCCUAAGAAUCGAUUCCUGCACAUAUUGGUCCGAUUCUAAAACGGUCCUUAACUGGCUAACCAUGGACCCAAGAAGACUCCAGUCAUUCGUCAUGCAUAGAGUGGGCGAGAUAGUCGACAAAACCAGCCCAAACCAAUGGCGCUGGGUUAGCACAAAGGAAAACGUUGCAGACUUAGCCACAAAAAUUUUCAAAGUACCAGAUGCAUCUCGUUGGAUUAAAGGACCCGAUUUUCUAGGACUGUCUAGCGACAAGUGGCCAGAUCAAAAGGGAAUAUCUGAGAACGUCUCACAGGAAAUCGAAUUGCGUAAGAAUGUAUUCGUCAUAGUAAAGCUUAACCAUUUCGAUUUUGCAGUAGAAUACUUUUCUGACUGGAAGCGCCUAUAUCGAGCAGUGGCCAACGUCAUGCUGUACGCCCAAAAGUUACGCGCUAAGUGUUCGGGAAAGCCUCUACCACAAACCCUAAGCCCCGAAAAUAUACAAGCAGCAAAAUCUCUUUUAUGCAGACAGGCCCAAUUAGCGACGUACUCAAAUGAAAUCAAUUCGCUCAAAGACAAAUCAGUGGUGGACAAGUCAAGCUCAUUAAUUGCUUUAAAUGUUUACCUGGACUCAGAAGACAUCAUCCGCGUGAAGGGCAGGUCAGACAGUAUAACUUCUGACGCGAAGCCUCAAGUGCCACAAAUGGCACCUAUACCGAUCGCCAGACUAGCUUCUUUUGAACGACCAUUCACAUAUACGGGAGUCGACUAUUUCGGCCCCAUACUAGUCAACGUUGGAAGACACAAAGAAAAGCGCUGGGGAGUCCUAUUUACGUGCCUAACACUAAGGGCAGUUCAUCUAGAGGUCGCCUACAAACUCGAUGUGAGCUCAUGUAUAAUGUGCCUAAAAAACUUCAUGGCACUACGUGGCACACCGAGAGAAAUCUUCUCCGACAACGGAACCAAUUUCAAAGCUACGGAAAAACUAGUUAAGGAGGAACUUGUGAAGAUUGACUUCGAUCAGAUCGCCGUUCACUAUGAAAUAAUAAAAUGGCGUUUUAACCCACCAGCCGCACCCCACAUGGGAGGAGCGUGGGAGCGUUUGGUCCGGACUGUGAAAUCCGUCCUAAAGGCCAUUUGCCCCUCUAGCAACUUUAAUGACGAAACUCUUCGAAGUGCCUUAAUGGAAGCCGAAUUUAUAAUUAACUCCAGGCCUCUAACGUUUGUUUCUUUAGAUACAGGUGACGAUGAAAAGCGGGCUACAAACCAGUAUCAGGAAAUGUCGCCGACCUAA